GAUCCGCCAGGAUCCAGAGGUGACAGACAGGAGAUUGCGUCACAAGUGAGUCAACUGUUAGUGCGGUCCUUGGUCAUUGAAGAUAGACACAUUUGCAGCGCUGUCCAAACCUGGUUUUGGUGGAUUUUUUUAUUUUUAAAGUUCACUUUUUUUUCCCCCCUCUGAUACUCCUCCUAACUCUUCAACCGACUCUUACCGCUGAAUAUUCAAGACACGUUCCAGUGCUUUCCAAAUAUUGGUUAUCUAAGAAGUAGCAAAAUAACUCACCACACCUCUCCAACCAAGUCGUGGAUGUCUGUAGCCGUCAUGACAGCGAAAACAGAACUGUCCGGCUGGCCAGACUACACAGGCGAGGACUUCCCCCUGAUGGAACAGUCUAAACUGGAGCCUCUCGCAUCCAGAACCAGGGUACCAUCUCCUAGAGGGCAGUCUCUAUACUCAACCAGAGAUACGGGCCAUUACGCGCACAGCGGCUCCAUGGAUAUCUCACUGGAGAAACUCAUGUCGGUGAGUAAACUAACGGACAGUGGUGUCACGAUGGAGAUGGACAUGGAUACAGUACCUGGGGACCAGGGAGAGGGAGGAAACGGUACGCAGCAGGGCCACCACCCGGGCCCGCAGAAACACCGGCGAGUCGCGGCUAACGCCCGGGAGAGACGGAGGAUGCACGGGCUGAACAAGGCGUUUGACACGUUGCGGAGUGUGAUCCCGUCCGAUAAUAAUAAAUUGUCCAAGUAUGACACUCUCCAGAUGGCUCAGAUCUACAUCCAGGAGCUGUCGGAGCUGCUCAUCGGGGUGGUGAAGCCAGAGAGCCGGGGAGGGUCGCGGAGUGGAUGCGCCUCACCAGACAUAGACCACCUCAUCCCGGAUAGGAGGAACCUUCUGGGGUCUCUCUCUCCAGAGCCCUUGCGGGGUGGCGGCGGGAUGACUGGGAUCAGCAACACCCUGCAGGACUCCCCCUCCCCGCAGCCUCAGAACAAGAGACUGGUCGGAGAACAGGAGAACAAUGGCCCCGUCGGUCACCUCAUCAUUCUGUCUGCGCCUAAAUCUGAUCUAGGAUCGGGGAAUAAGAGGGUGUCUAACACUUCUAACGGGAGUGAUGGAGAGUCGUCGCAUUACAGUGACUUUGAGGACGGACAGGCCGGUAGACGGUGACCAUUUAGAGUGACAACAGGAACUCUUUGAGGAGAGGUUUUCAUACGGAUCCUUUAAUAUUUUAUAUAAACUGUCUGUGUUUUAGAAGACAAUAACGGACACCAAAAUAGAACCACGUAGCCCACCUUGAAAUGUUGAAUGAUAUUCUGGUUCAGAUUGAGACGGUAGUCUAGGCCUACUCUCAGCUACAUUUAGACAAGAACACUUGUCUCAUCAUGCCAUAUUUAUUUAUUAUAAAUGGACACCAGGGUUGGGGUCAAUUUAAUUUUGAAUUCAGGAAGUAAUUCCAAUUCGGUAAGCAGCAGGGCAACAUUGGGAAACAUUGGCAUCAGAAUUUGGUUUACUUUCCUUCCCGAAUUGACUGUAAUUGAAAUGUUCCCCAAACUCUGUUUGGAGCUCAUCUUGAAACGUUUAAUAACGUUCUGGGUUAGAUUAAAACGGUAGUCUAGCCGACAUUUAGUCAAGACCACGAAUAUCCCCGUGAACACAAGACGUUGAAAAUGUUGUAUUUUCAACAAGGUUUUACUCAUAGGGAGGGAUGUUUCAUCAUACCAUAUGUAUUUAUUAGAUAUCAACACUGUAAAAUAAAAAGAGCUAGCCUACUGUGUGAUAUUGAAGACUUCAUUGUGUGUUUAAACAAGGCCUGAUAAUAUGACUUCUCAUCGGGACUUCACUUCCUUCUUCACUUCCUUCUUCACUUCCUUCCUUUUUAGCACUUUAUUGACUAAAUGCAUCUGGAACACUUGGUUUCGCGGUUUGAUGGCAUGCAUAUCUAAUAAUAAUUAAAAAAUAUAUAUAUAAACAAAAAUACUUUGAUAUUAAUCUAUUGUUAUUUGUUUUCUUCCAAGAAUAGUUUUUGAUUGAGAAAAAAACAACGUUUUUUUAUUUGGUAGAUAAAUAUUUAGAACGGUUUUUUUUCCUACAUUUUCCAGAGUAAUUCACUCUGUCUGAUUUAAUUUCAACAGCUUCAACACUGUAUAUUCCAAGGACUUUAUUGGCAUGGGAAAUAAAUGUAUCACCUUCUUUUAG